UACACUUGAGAAAAAGAUCAAUUGCCAUAGGGAUGGAUGGAUAACAGUCAUACACUGUUAUCCAUAGAGAGAAGCUGUAAUUUACUAUGGCAACUUUGCCCUGUCUUGUGCUUUUCAUGCACUGGUCAUGUCUCAAACUAAUUUGAUUGGCCCAGCUUUUUUUUCUUCUAAAAAGAAUAAAAUAAGCCACAGGAGUAUAUCUUUUUUUGUUGUUUCUUAAACUGUGUACAUAAGAAAAAAAUGAAAUCGUCAUAUAAAUUCUCCAAUCUGCUAGGUACUGUUUAUACAGGCGCUAAUGUGCUUUUUACACCAGACGGAAAUACGAUUAUUAGUGUAGUUGGCAAUCGAGUGUCAUUCUUUGAUCUUGUCAAUAAUACCUCAUAUACACUUCCAAUCGAAAUGCGCAAGAAUAUAGAUCAUAUAGUGCUCUCACCCAAAGGCAAUCUUUUAGUUACCAUUGAUUUAGACGGUCGAGCUUUAUUGAUCAGCGUCAAUCGUAGAGUCAUUCUUCACCACAUGAACUUUAAAGGUAGAACCAAGAGCGCCAAAUUCAGUCCUGACGGCAAGUACUUUGCAAUUUCACUUGAAAAGAAUGUGGAAAUAUGGAAAGCGCCAGGACAUACCCGAGAAUAUGCACCCUUUGUACUCAUAAAGACCGCAGUUGGGCAUCAUGAUGCAGUAAACAGCAUUAACUGGAGCCCUGACUCAAGAUUUUUAAUUACUGCAUCAAAAGAUAUGACAGCUCGUAUUUAUACUGUGGAUAAAGAUUUGGAAGAUUUUGUUCCGUCGACUCUUUCUGGACAUCGUGAUUAUAUUAUAAACGCUUGGUUCUCAGCAGACAUGUCAAAUAUAUAUACUGUUAGUAGAGAUGGUGCUUUGUUCCAGUGGAAAAAUGCAACCUAUGCAGAAUUACAUGAGGAUUCGGAUACAGAAAUGGUGGAAGUGGAUGAAAAUGGCAAUGAGAUUGUUCGCAUAGAUAAAGCCAAAUGGAGAAUUUUGAAAAAGAAUUACUUUAAUAUGGCAGGUGUUAAAGUGAAUGUAGCAGAGUUCUUUGCUGCGAGCAAUUUAGUUGUUGUAGGAUUCAACUCUGGCUUGUUUGGCCUCUAUGAAGUCCCUCAUUUUACUGCUAUUCAUACAUUAAGUAUUUCUCAACACAAGAUUGAUACAUGUGCCAUCAACUCUACAGGAGAAUGGUUAGCUUUUGGCUCUAGAGCACUUGGACAAUUGUUGGUCUGGGAAUGGCAGUCUGAAACCUACGUACUAAAGCAGCAAGGCCAUUAUUACGAUAUUAAUGCAGUCUCUUAUUCUUCUGAUGGACAAUAUCUUGCUACUGGUGGUGAUGAUGGUAAAGUAAAAGUCUGGAAUACAAAUUCUGGAUUCUGCUUUGUCACAUUUAGCGAACACAAGAGUGGAGUCAAAGCAGUUGAAUUUGCCAAGCAAGGUCAAGUCGUAUUCUCUGCAAGCUUAGAUGGCACCGUUCGUGCAUUCGAUCUUGUUCGUUACCGUAAUUUCAGAACAUUUACAAGCCCAAAUCCUGUUCAAUUCACCUCUCUUGCUGUGGAUCCUUCUGGUGAAAUUGUCUGUGCUGGUACAUUGGACACAUUUGAAAUUUUCGUUUGGAGCGUUCAAACAGGCAAACUACUUGAUAUCAUGGCUGGUCAUACUGGGCCCAUCAGCUCUCUUGCCUUUUCCCCCACUGGUAUGCUACUCCUAAGUGGUAGUUGGGACCAUUCUGCUCGAACAUGGGAUGUGUUUGGACGUGGCAAGACCAUUGAACCUCUUGUUCAUCAAACAGAAGUUCUAGCUGUAGCAUUCAAGCCUGACGGUAAAGAAAUUGCUGCGGCCACACUGGACGGACAGGUUACUUUCUGGGGUGUAGAAGAAGGUAAUGUUCUUAAUACAAUCGAUGGUCGUAAAGAUAUCAUGGGCGGCCGUAAAAAGGACGAUCGUACUUCAGCAGAGAAUGCUGCCUCUGGAAAAUGCUUCAACUCCCUUUGUUAUACUGCCGAUGGUUCAAGCAUUAUUGGUUCAGGCACAAGUAAAUAUAUCUGUAUUUAUGAUGUAGAAAGCACGUUUUUGGUGAAAAAGUUCCAAAUCUCCCAGAACCUUUCGCUGGACGGUACUCAGGAAUACUUAAACUCCAAAUAUAUGACAGAGUUUGGCAGCAUUGAAGAAAUGGAAGAAGAGGGUUCCGAUACCGAAGAACGUGUGGACAAUUCUUUACCAGGCACAAGGACCGGUGAUCUUUCAGUUAGAAAAGUUCGACCUGAAGUGAAAUCAACAGCCGUACGAUUUUCACCUACAGGCAGAGCAUGGGCAGCUGCUACAACAGACGGAUUAUUGAUCUACUCACUGGAUGAAGAUAUACUUUUUGACCCCUUUGAUUUAGAAAUCGAUAUUACGCCUGAAACAGUCCUGGAAGCACUUUCAGAAAAGGAAUACUUAAAGUCUAUUUGCAUGGCGUUCCGAUUGAACGAAAAGCCAGUAACACAUAAAGUAUUUGAAGGUAUUCCACCAGAGUCUGUGAGCCUCGUUUGUCAAAACAUGCCAGAAAAGUAUCUUUUCAAACUACUGACAUUCAUUGGUGUUCACAUGGAAACAAGUCCUCAUAUAGAGUUCCACUUACUAUGGGUGACAAACAUCAUGACCUACCACGGUAGAUACCUUCGUGAUCAUCGUGGAGAGUUUCAACCUGUGUUUAGAGCCUUGCAUAAAGGCGUGAAUCGAGUGCGCGAUGAUAUUGCUACAUUGUGUGAUUCCAACAAUUAUACACUUAGAUAUCUCUUAACCCAGCAGUCUCUUGCUGCUAAAUCAUCUACAUAAUAAAUAUAAUUCUUCAUUUGUUGCAGUUUAUAGUUUUGAUACAAU